AUGUCAGUCCCUACCGACUCAGUCGCUUUCUCCGAGAAUCGCCGCCUGCUAGGAAAGCUCCUUGCCUACUACAGUGCCACCAGCAUUGAAGAGCUCAACGCACAGGACGAUCCUGAAUUCUGGAGCCGGAUGCUCUGGAGUAUGUGGAAGUGGAAUUACAAAUUAUGGGGCAUGUAUGCACAGUGCUUCGACAUGACAGAUCCUACCUUUCCGGUGGUUCAGCAGUGGGACGGAGAGAGGCGUUUCUUUUCCGACGGGAAGACUGGCGAAGUGAUGCACGAAAAAACCUAUCGCAAGGCUGGGAGGGAUGAGCCUGAACAUAUUAUAUACUCUCUUCCGAGGACUGAAAAUCUCACCCGAGAAGGUCUCGCCUGCUUCCCCGAAGGAGCAAUGGCCGCCAAUGUCCGCGUCGCGGCCUAUGCAACGACAGGCCAUGGCACGGCCGUGCUGAAGCAGGUGUACUGGGGCACCCCGCUUUUCGGCGAGACUUCUUUCCAGCCAGACGACAAGAUCCGGCUGCAAGUUAGUGUCGUGUUCAGCACACCUUCCAUACCGGGCGAGAAAGGCCAGCUGAAGCAGGUCAUGCUGUUCCGUGAUGACGUGACUGCGAGACCGUGGUUCUCCCAGUCACAGUAUUGGCAGGGGCACUUUGAUGCCGCAUUCGGUUCUUCGCCAUCAAUUAAGAAGAUGGACAUUCAGCAGGCCUCCAGCGUGAUCUUCCAUGGGUCCUCGAAACGCGCUCGUGGCUUCAAGAUCACGCCUGACAUGACCAAUUAUGCGAGGGUCACACUCGGUGACGGGGAAAUUUUCGAUAUAGAGGCACUGGCCGAGGGCGGAUCGGACGCGCAAUUCUAUGCUUUACAUGACCAGGAGGGCUCGUCUGCGCUUCUGAACAUUGUGCAAUCCCCGGAGAUGGGAAAGGCGUUGGCUGCGAAGUGGAGAGUAAUAUGGAAGUUGGGAGAUCGGUUGAUGGUGGGGGUGUGUGCGUACGAUGGGGAGACGUACAAACAGCAACCUGCAGUGUAUGAAUUUGCGUGUGACACAUGGCAGACGAAACUGAGUACUUACGCAAAGAACAUGGGGCAUCUCGAUUCGCCUGAGAAAACACUGCAGGCCAGUUGGAAGCUCUAG